AUGACUAUCGUACAGACGACAGAAGAGGCUGCCCUUUCCAUCCGUGCGGGUGGGCCACUUACUGUUGCUACUAAUCCCGAAGCAACGGUAUCCGCUCGCAAGCCCGCUCGAGACGUCGAAGGAGAUCCAGCUUCCGUAACGACCGAGCGUUCAGAUCCGUACCAUUUACAGAAUGGCAUCAAGACCAGCGAUGAGUUGGCGGGCCUACGUAAACGAAGGGAAGGCAGAGCGCUCGAGAAAUACCAUCGGAAGCAGAACGAUCUCAUCAGCUCGUUGCUAAAGUCGAUGGAAGAACACACCGAGGAGGCAAGGGUGGAGGAGGAAACUUCCCGCUUACCUGUAGUCAAAAUCGCCAUUUGGGCGAGUCUCAUCGGUAAUUUCGCUCUUUGCAUUCUGCAGCUCUACGGAGCCAUCUCGUCCAUCUCGCUCUCCUUGAUCGCCACUUCUGUCGACUCUGUGUUUGAUUUUGGUAGUAACGUGGUGCUAUACUGGCUGCACAAGAAAGCCCAGAAACUGGACCACAACAAGUGGCCAGUGGGCGGAUCGAGACUGGAGACAAUUGGAAAUAUCAUCUAUGGAUUCUUGAUGAGCUCUGUCAACCUCGUCGUGGUUGUCGAAUCUGUGCAGAGAAUCAUUACUCACGACAGCAGCCAAGACACCGACAAAUUCCACAUCCCUUCUAUCGUCGCCGUGGGCGCGGCUCUCGGCGUGAAGUUGUUGCUCUUCCUCUAUUGCAGCACGAUCCGGGCGCAAUCCAGUCAGGUCCAUGUGCUCUGGGAGGACCACCGCAACGAUAUCUUCGUGAACGGGUUCGGUCUCCUCAUGUCCGCUGGGGGUAGCAGAUGGGCGUGGUGGCUUGACCCCAUGGGUGGUAUCCUCAUCGCCCUCGGUGUCAUGCUCGCUUGGGGACACACCAUCUACACCGAGUUCGAGCUGCUCGCCGGCAAGUCUGCGCCCCGCGACUUUAUCCAGCUGCUCGUGUACAACGCGAUGACGUUCAGCGACGAGAUCGAGAAAGUGGAUACCGUGCGCGCAUAUCAUAGCGGACCGGACUACUACGUCGAGAUUGACGUCGUCAUGGACGCGAGCACGCCUCUGUGGAAGGCGCACGACCUCAGCCAGGAGCUUCAGGACAGGAUCGAGGUGCUGCCGAACGUCGAACGGGCGUUUGUGCACGUCGACCAUGAGACCGACCACGCACCGGAGCACCGCAAAUACCUUUGA